AUGUCACUAUGUUCAGGUAUUAAACAAGGCCAGUGCUUGUUUGACCGAGGCCUUUUCCUGGAGGCUCUGGAGGCUUUUAGCAAAGCUGCUGAGCUGAAACCCGGCUGCAGGGCCCACCAGGUCAGAAGCCUGGCCUGCCUGUCAGCUGUAGGUCAGCACAGCGACUGUCUGAAGCUGGUGAGCGGCUGGAUGCUGUCAGAGGGUCCCACCGCGGACCUCUACAUCCUCAGAGCCCGACUGCACAAACGACUCAAGCAGACAACACAAUGUUAUAGAGAUGUGAAGUCAGUGCUAGCGUUGGAUCCUCAGAGUCCAGCGGCUGGCUCCAUGCUGCUGCAGCUGCAGGAGGCCAGUGAACAGGCCAGACGAGAAGCAGUAGACAGAUCUUUGUCUGGCCAUCUGCCUGAAGCCUGCUGCAUGAUCAAUAUCGCUUUGGAGAACUGCCCAGAGGAUGCACACCUCUACCUUUUCAGAGGGAUUGUGUACCGCCGCCUGAAGGAUUUCACAGCAUCCCUCGAGGAUCUGGUCCAGGCUGUGGAGCUGUGCAAGGAGGAGGAGGAGGUCGGGGGUGAGGCAGAGGAUGCAGAGAGAAAGGAUGAACGUGGCUCUGUGGAGGAGGAGGUGCAGUUUCAGCUGGUUCUGACCUACAAUGACUUUGCUGUUGAGUGCUUCAGCAGAGGCCUCUUCGCCGAGGCCACGCUGCUUCUCAACAAGGCCAUUGAGGAGGAGAAGGGCCAGGCGGGCCUCUACCUGAACCGAGGAGAUUGUUUCUUUAAGCAGGGUGACUGGUGUUUUGCUCUGGCUGACUACCAGCAGGCUGAGGAUAUGAUGGGGCCCAAUGACCCUGCUGUCCGGCUGCGCCUUGCUGUCCUCCACAACACCCUGGGCUCUUUCUGCUUCCAGAACGGGUGUUACCAAGAGGCAGUUGAGAUGUUUUCUCUGGCCAUCCAGGACAACCCCACUGCAGGUCAUUACUAUGAAAGCAGAUCCAAAGCUUCCCGAAAGCUUAUUAACUUGAAGGGAGCCAGAGAGGACUUUGUCUGCAUGCUGAUCCUGGAUCCCAGCAACGAGGAGGUGCCUCCUAUGCUUAUGAACCUGUUCCCUGGCUACAGUGAGUCGGAUGUUUUGUCCAGUCCAGCAGGACAAAGGAUCAGAGGUCAGCUGAUGGACACCACCCAGGCCUGCAGCUCACCCUCUGAUCAACAACAACUGAGUGAGCAGCUCCUAAAGAUGACUCUGACCAAUGAGAACACAGCGAGUUCGUCAAAAGACCCGCCUGAAGCAGGAAAGGAGCUGAAGCUGAGUGUUAACCAGCAGGAGACACAGAUGACCGUGAAGAACCUCCUGCAGGUUCAGGAAGUGGUUCAGUCAUGUCUCCACGACCGUCCAGCUCUGCAGCACAGUCUGCACACAGACACAGGAUGUCGUAUGAAAACAAGCGAUUUGGGGUGUUCUGAGUCCACUUCUCAGAAGUAAAACUUCUCUGGUUGGUGAUAAUACCAGGAAUAAAUGUUUUUUUAUCAA